AUGACCGACUUCAUGCUGUCAAAGACUCAAAGUAAAUAUAUUCAGAAUUGUCUUUAUUAUCUUCUUAUAAGAAAUGACGUAAAUAGAACAAGGCAGUUGAUUGAACUUGGGAGUGAUAGCGCACAAAACCUUUACAGCUUCUCUCUGCACCUUUGGAACAACAAACUCAACAAGUGGAGGGAUACCACCUUCAAUCCUAUAGUCAAAAAAUACAGAUCUGUAAAAGGGCAAAGUCUUUCAAAUUCUUCUGGCUCAACUCAUGCUUCAGUUUUUGAAAAGGAAGAGUUGUCCAUGAAACGGCUGCAUGGUAUCACAGAUGGGGCUGUAGCUGAGCCAAUUGGUCCUGGUGUUGCAGGGGGUUCUCUGAGAGUUAUUUGCCUGAAGGAACUCUAUAAUGGACAAUGUUUUGGACCGCUGAUUAUUGGAUCGAAGAGUUUGCGAAUGCUAAAGCUUUUCCGUUGUUCUGGAGAUUUAGAUAAGAUUAUGAAAGUGAUUGCUGAACAAGUCAGUGAACUUGUUGAAAUUAAUCUUGAGAGGCUUCAGGUCAGUGACACUGGUCUUACUGCUAUUUCUAAAUGUUCCAUUCUUGAAAUUCUGCACCUUAUGGAAACGCCUAAAUGCACUAAUAAUGGUCUAAACACUGUUUCUCAAAACUGUAAGCUUCUAAGGAAGCUUCACAUUGAUGGGUGGAAGACUAACAAGAUAAGUGAUGAUGGGUUAAUUGUUGUGGCAAAACAUUGCCCCAAUAUCACUAACCUGAAGCCUAUCUUCUCUUAUCAGGAUUUCCUCAACUAG